CUGUUGUGGGGCGACCGUGUGGUCAUCCCAACGGUCCUGCAACAACAGAUUUUGCAACGCCUUCAUGAAAGUCAUCCUGGGGUCAGUAGAAUGAAAGCUCUUGCUCGCAGUUUUGUUUGGUGGCCAGGGUUAGAUGCCGACAUUGAAGACUGGGUUGCCAAAUGUGAGACAUGCCAACAGUCCCGGCCUUCUCCUCCUUCCUCUCCCUCCCGGGAAUGGGAGAUGCCUCGAGGGCCUUGGUCUAGGUUACAUAUUGAUUUCGCUGGUCCAUUCCAUGGGCAGGUUUUCCUUAUAGUUGUGGAUGCGUACUCUCGAUGGGUGGAAGUAUUGCUAAUGCACUCCACCACAUCUGACAGCACGGUGCGAGCUUUGCGACGGUUGUUCGCAACCCAUGGGUUGCCAGACACAGUGGUGUCUGACAACGGCCCGCAAUUUACAGCCACAACUUUUCAAACUUUCCUGGCCGAACUAGGGAUACGACAUGCGCUGGUUGCCCCUUACCACCCGGCAAGCAAUGGCCGAGCAGAAAGGGCGGUUAGAUCGGCCAAGGAGGCUUUGGGCCGGCUAAACCGUGGUGACUGGCAGGCUAGGGUGGAUGCUUACUUACUGGCACAGCAUUCCACACCUUGCCCUCUGACACAGAAGAGCCCCGCGGAGAUGUUGAUGGGCAGGCGCCUGCGGACCACCCUGGAUAGAUUGCAUCCCGUC